AUGAGAAAGAAGAACAAAGACUGGGCAGAGACUACUGUCGAUGAACUCAGACACUUCAUAGACACCUGUCUGGAUAUAGAGAUUGUCCGGUUGUCAAAGCUUCGCGACUACUGGUUUACUGAUCCUAUUCAACCAGAUACUCAGGCAAAAAGACGUAAGUUGAAUGAAAGACCAGAUCUCAAGAGCAAACAACGAAAACAGCCUAGCCGAAACAGCUAUCGUACACCGGCUGAUCAACAUGGACGUCGGUAUGCCAAAACUUAUCUGAGGAAGUCGAGGACUCUGUCCAGUGUCUGUCAAAGUUCCUCUCCGUGGAUUGCUUCCUAA